CUAUGAGCACACUGUCAACAUUCAACCUUACGACAAUUGAAUUUACCACGACCACUACCGCAAGGCAUCAUCCAUACAUAAUAUACUAGAGCUACUUCUAAAUAGCUGCUCAUACGCAAUCCACCAAAUAACAAUCCAACCUGCCAUUGCGGUAGACUGUCGCAAAGAUGCCUAGCAUGUGGUUGUCCGACAUGCAGAAGAUAGGAGUGGCCUUUUGUUCCGGCGGAAUGUUCUUCCUCACCGGCGGUGUGAUCAUGUUCUUCGAUAGAGCCAUGCUCGCAAUGGGAAACAUCCUAUUUCUCCUCGGCCUGACCCUCAUCAUCGGCCCCCAGAAAACACUCUACUUCUUCAUGCGCCAGCAGAAACUCAAAGGCACAGCGGCAUUCCUGUUCGGCAUACUCCUGAUCCUGCUGCGCUGGCCAUUCGUCGGCUUCUGCGUCGAGCUCUACGGCAUCCUGAUACUGUUUGGCGACUUCUUCGCGACCGCGGCGGGCUUUGUCCGCAAUGUUCCUGUCAUUGGACCCUAUCUUGCGUUUGCGCUGAACAGGCUGAGUGGCGCGACGGGCGGACGGAGAAAUGCUGAACUUCCCGUUUGAUUUACAUUUCAUUUUUUUUUCACGCCGGGAAUUGCAUUUCCGUGUACGCGUUUUGUCAAUAGUGAUAUAGGUUCCAUACCUUUUUUUUUUUGGUUUUAAGUUUUUCAUUGCAUGUCAUCUACCUGCUGGCGUGCAAAGGAUACGCUGGUAUGAACUGGUUGCGGAACCUUAGUUUUCUUUUCGAUAAGUCCUUGGAGAAAGGUUCACUGUGCGCAAGGAAGCAAAGAAAGUAUAGAGGUAAGUAUAUACGCGGCUCCGGCAGAGGUACGGGCGCUAGACCUCCGCUAUUGUUUGGGUUCCUCGAUUGAGGAAUCUCAUUAAAAAGGCUUUCCAUGAUGUUGGAGUCCAGGGUCCCUACAUCUUUGAUUGUCAACGCUCACAGGUCUGCGAAACCAUCUCUUCCCAUACAAUUUUGUACAUAUCCAUGUUUGAUAGACGGAGGGAUGAGCGGCGAGGCGAGGCG